AUGACAUCACCAACAGAAGACCGUUCUGCUACAAUGGAGGGAAACACCGGGGUAGAUCCUGUCUCGCAGCAGCCAGCUGCUUCGCGCUGGAGACGAGUCUUUGGAGGAAAGUCCAAAGAAGAUCCCGAGUCUAGCGAGGAUCAGACUUAUCGCGCCAAAUCGACAUUAGGAAUUCUAAGUGAUAGAGAGACCGACGAAGUUCCUGGAACGGUACUUCUCUUAUCGUCAAAUCGCAAUGAACCCUUGGGAAUGAGACAUCAGCCCCAUCGGACUUCGACAUCAUCUAUAAGCUCAUCUUAUCGUCCGUCGCGAUCUAAUUCUCGAACCCGGUCGGCGAUUCCAACGCAGAAGAGAACGGCGGAUGGACAAUUUGUGCUUGAUCCCCAACCAGACGACUCCGUGAAUGACCCUCUGAACUGGCCUGUGUGGCAACGAGACACCGCAUUGGUCUCGCUGGGCUUCUACUGUUUGAUGGGAGGCGGCAUGACCCCCAUUUUGGCAGCUGGCUUCAACAAGGUUGCAGCUGCGUACGAUGUCAGCACGCAACAGGUUGCUUUCACCACCGGGUUCUAUAUGUUAGGCUUAGGCCUAGGAUCUGUCGUGAUGUCGCCCACAGCCAUUCUAUACGGGAAACGACCGGUUUAUCUCUUGGGAGCCACCCUGUUCGUGAUCUCGGCAAUUUGGUGUGCAGCGUCACCAAACUACCCAAGUCUUGUGGUCGCUCGUAUUUUCCAAGGAUUUGCUGUGAGCCCAGUCGAGUGUCUUCCAUCUGCGACAAUUGCAGAGAUCUACUUUUUGCACGAAAGAGCCUAUCGAGUGGGGAUAUACACACUCUUGCUACUAGGCGGAAAGAAUCUGAUUCCCCUAGUGAGUGCCGCCAUCAUCCAAGGCUUGAGCUGGCGCUGGGUAUUCUGGAUUGUUGCCAUGAUUGUAGGCAUGUGUCUAGUCUUGCUGUUUUUCUUCGUGCCCGAAACAUUUUGGGAUCGCACACCCCGUCCUCGUGUGCACAAACAUAAGCGUCCUAGUCGAGGUGUCUCUGAUCUUGUUUCCCAUGGCUUCCGUGGGCGGCGCCCGUAUGUCCAGCCUCUGGAAGAGUCCACCGAACAGGCCGAUUUAGAUCCAGCAUUGGCACCGAAAAAAUCCAAGCAUGCGCAUGUUGGAUUCGCGGAUGACCACCCAGAACACGGAGACCAGGCAGUCGAGACUGAAAAGUCCCAUUUCGUUUCCGAGGCCGGCAAUGCUACCGAUGGUGACCGAACCACCACUCAACCGCCCACAGCUAAUGAGAAAGACGAUGACUUCCUCCAACCACUACCUCACGUUCUUGUGCCUGGCGCACACCCAGAUGACCUGGAGACAGCUCGAUUUGCCGCCAUAUCACCCGCGAGGACUGAGUCACUAGAGCCUGCUGGGACAUCGCUGCCCACAACCCUACAAUACACAAACCGACUCCGCGAACGCCCGAAGAUCCCCUAUUCCCAGUUACUUCGAGUCUGGAACGGGCGAAUCGCACAGGACAGCUGGUAUCGAGUCGCCGUGCGCCCAUUUGUCCUAUUCGCCUAUCCAGCCGUGCUCUGGUCAACAGUAGUAUACUCACUAUCGGUGGGCUGGCUGAUCGUGCUUUCGGAGUCGGUUGCACACAUAUUCGAGAGCAAAGCUCACUACAAUUUUACUGCGCUGCAGACAGGUCUGAUCUACAUAUCGCCGUUUGUUGGCGGUCUCCUGGGAACCGCAGUGGCGGGCAAAGUAUCAGACAUCAUCACGCGGUUUAUGACCAUACGAAAUGGAGGCAUCUACGAGCCUGAAUUCCGUCUGGUCAUGGCAAUUCCUAUCGCGUUGUCUACCGUCAUUGGUCUGAUGGCUUUCGGGUGGAGUGCUGAGAUCGGUGACUCUUGGAUUGUCCCGACUAUUUUCUUUGGUUUGAUAUCGUUCGGUUGCUGCUUGGGGAGCACAACAGCUAUCACUUUUUGUGUGGACAGCUAUCGCCAGUAUGCUGGCGAGGCGCUAGUGACACUAAACUUUAGCAAGAAUAUCCUCCACGGAUUGGUUUUCUCUCUUUUCAUCGUCGACUGGCUCGAUGCCGAUGGCUCGCGCACUGUGUUCCUGUCUAUCGGGGGUAUACAGCUUUUCUUCAUGCUCAUGUCGAUUCCGAUGUACAUUUACGGCAAACGAGCUCGCAUGUGGACAGUGCGCAAGCGGCUUAUGGAACGCCUUUGA